UCAGACAGAUAGGGGAAAGAUCCUCCCUUAAGUUUGUCCUACUGGCGGUCGCACAAUUCGCAGUGAUACGGCAGAAAAUCUUGUUAUCAUCCGGUAAUGAUAUCAACGGGCAUCACGAGGCACAUCGAAGCAAUUUGAAGUACAUACAGAAAAAUGUCUCUCGAUAUUCCUGCGUUUGUAUACGCUGCUGCGGUGGCUGGCGGCGGAAUAUUUGGUUAUGUGAAAUCUAAAUCCAUUGCAUCGCUGGGAGCUGGCCUCCUCUUUGGACCCGCUAUAGGCUAUGGAGCGUAUCAGAUGUAUCAAGAUCCAAAAAAUAUUGCACUCUUUGUUGGAAGCAACGCAAUUCUUGGUGGUAUGAUGUGGAUGCGGUUUCAAAGUACUGGGAAAGUAAUGCCAGCUGGAGCAAUUGCUUUUGCCAGUGCAGCUCGACUUGAAUAUGAGAUGGCAAGAAUCGUAGCGUGUGUUGUAUUAGUUUAUCUAGGUGUAUGUUGUAAUAUAUUAAAUGCUGAUGAGAAUCACGAGAAUCACGACAAUGUUAGUGAUGCGAUACAGAAACCACCUUACAAAAGUCCGGAACCUUCCGGCUUUGCUUACUUAGCGGACAAUUUUGAUAGCGAAGAGAGAUUUAAGGACACAUGGAUAUUGUCGGAAGCAAAGAAGGAUGAUAUCGAUGAGGAUAUCGCCCAGUUUGAUGGAAUUUGGUCUAUCGAAGAGCUUAAAAAACACGCUCAUGAUGGUGAUCUAGGAUUAGUGCUUAAGAGCAAAGCUAGACAUGCUGCCGUCUCUACUCCAUUAAUUAAACCAUUUUACUUUGAAGAUAAGCCCUUAAUUGUACAAUACGAAGUUAAUUUCCAAGACGGGCAAGAAUGCGGUGGUGCCUAUCUUAAGUUGCUCACACUAGAUGAUAAUUAUGAAGACUUGAAACAGUUCCAUGAUAAAACGCCAUAUACAAUAAUGUUCGGGCCUGAUAAGUGUGGCAAUGAUCACAAACUUCAUUUUAUAUUUCGGCAUAAAAAUCCGUUGAACGGUACAAUCACAGAGAAGCAUUGUAAAAAACCGAAGGAUUCGCUGGAGGAUUACUACAAAGAUAAAUUUCCGCACUUGUACACUUUGAUUAUACGGCCUGAUAGUACGUACCAAAUCAAAGUAGAUCAUAAAGUCCUGAAUGCAGGCUCGCUACUAGAUGAUUUCGCGCCUCCUGUGAAUCCACCGUUGGAGAUCGAGGAUCCCAAUGAUCAACAGCCUGAGGAUUGGGAUGAUAGAGAAAAAAUUCCCGAUCCGUUGGCGAUUAAGCCCGACGACUGGGACGAGGAUGCUCCGGCACAAAUUGUCGAUGAGGAAGAUGUCAUGCCCGAAGGAUGGCUGGAGGAGGAGCCGCCUAUGAUACCAAACACGGCUUCGGUCAAGCCCGAUGAUUGGGACGUCGAGAUGGAUGGCGAAUGGGAGCCUCCAGAAAUACCAAAUCCCAAAUGCAUGGAUGCCCCCGGUUGCGGUCCGUAUAAACAGAGCAUGAAGAAGAAUCCGCGAUACAAAGGGAAGUGGCUGGCGCCGCUGGUUAAUAAUCCUAAUUACAAAGGCAAAUGGAAGCCUAAACUCAUACACAAUCCUGAUUACUUCAAUGACGAGCAUCCGUUCAGAAUGUUACCAAUUGCCGCUGUUGGCUUCGAGUUGUGGUCAAUGUCUCCCGACAUAUACUUCGACAAUAUAAUUGUAACAGAUGAUGAGAAAGUUGCGAAACAAUGGGCAGAUGACUCCUUCGAGAUUAAACGUGUUAAGAUUGCUGUGGAAACUGAGAGUAUAUGGAGUCGAAUUGCAAGAUUUACUACGGACCAUCCGUGGAUGUGGGUAGUAUAUGUAUUGCUACUUGCAAUACCCACAAUACUGCUAAUGUACUGUUGCUGCUUGUCCGAGGAUAAAACGGAUAUCGACGAAGAGGAAGAGAAGUCACCUUUAAGGCUAGGCGAUGAUAUCCUCAAGAAUGCGGAAAUUGAAAAUCUGCGAUUUCCAAAUCCCGAAUUUGGCGACCAAGAGCUUGCUGCUGUAGAAGUAAAGGGUGCAGAAAAAGAGACUGGAAUAGAAGAAAUAAUUGAAAGUGAUGAUAAGGAUACGCUGAUGGGUGGCGAAGGGCCACGGCGAAGAAAACCAAAUAAAGAAUAAUAAGGAUAAAAAUUCUAAAAAAGAAUAAUUAUCACGCUAUUUAUGUAAUAUUGUCACAUUCCACACUACAUCUGCCACUGUGGAUAGUAGGGUUACCAAAUCACUAGCAAAUCCAGUCUCACUGCAGUGUGAUAAAUAGUAUUUAAUUCCUCGUUUAAGGACACUCGGACAUUUUAUUUCGUAUGUAUAAAAUUUUUUCAUUAAUAUACUUCAGAAAUUUAUUCUCUAUAAAUUAUAUGCUUUCGUGCAACGAGUGAUGCGGCUGUACUCGACAAUUUGCAGGAGUGUUGUCUGUUAAAAUAGACGAAGCCUUUAAUACUGUGUACUAUUCGUAUUUGUGUAUUUUUACUUACGAUAUCGUGAAGUGAUGUAGCGUUAAAAAAAAAUUAGCAGUCCCAUUUCAUUCGAUUUGUAUGUUUUGAUGUCGCAGCUAGAUAAGUUAGUAAACGACAGUAAAUCUAUGAGUUAUGAAUGUAAUAUGUGAGUGCAAACGACGUGUAAUCUACAUAUUCGGAUUUCGCGCGAAAUGUAUUUUACACAAUUUAAUAAUUACCGUGUCCUUCAACUACUAUGGCGCAGUUAAGUGUCUAACUGCAUUGCCGACGACUUAUCUGAAAAAAUGUGCAAAUCGAUUCCUGUUUUAUCUAAGUUUUCGACCUAGUUCUACCUAGAUAGAUAGGUAUUUUUUCUCUAAUUGUUAAACAAAUACGUAAAAAUACGAUUGAAACGAGUAAAGUUACUGGCGUGAAAUAUAAUUGCAUUUAUUAAUUAUACCAUAGUAGUUGAGAAUUGAUAAUUUGUCAUUAUCAUUAUUUAGAAUAAUAUUCACGAAUUUCGAUGUGUUACUGAGUUAUUUAAGUUAAAAAUAAAUCUAUAUACAUAUUAGUAUAAUCAGGUACUACGUUGUUGUGUAUUAGUUGACCAUAAACGAAAUAGAAUUCGAAAAAUAUGGAAAACUUAAAUAUAUAUGAAUUGAAACAG